AGGAGUGAAUAUAUUAAGCCUCCAAUAGCCGGUUUUUAUAUUCCUAGCGCGUCCCUGUGUAUUUAUCCCCAGCGCUCUCACUUCUCCCUGAGAACGACCCACCAUUUUUCUCUGACUUACAGCUCGCCCGGUGCCAUCUGAAACGCUCAGGAAAGAAAGAGUCCAGUGCGUAAAGCGCAGUGUGAGAGCGAGAGAGCGCGUUUUCUGACGGGGAUGGUGAGAAGGCUCCCGGAGCUCAGCGCUGCCAGCUCUGCCAGCUCUGCCGCGGCGGAUUUGUAAAGGGAUUUAUCUCGCUUGGGAUAUUGUCACUGGAGCAGAGGAAAAAAGCCAAAGAGCAAAAGGCAGUUGGAUUGUCAGGUUCUUCAUCAGGAUGCUACAGUGAACGUGUGGACUGCUGCUUGUGACGAUGAGGAUAUUUGGGCCCUCGCACUGUGGGGGCCAGGCCAACUGCUACACAAAUGACUCCAAAGACUACUGCUACUCAGCCCGCAUCCGCAGCACCGUCCUCCAGGGUCUGCCCUUUGGAGGAGUGCCUACUGUCCUCGCCCUCGAUUUCAUGUGCUUCCUGGUACUCCUGUUUGUGUUCUCUAUCUUGAGGAAGGUGGCGUGGGAUUAUGGCCGGCUGGCUCUGGUGACAGAUGCUGACAGACAGAAGAAGCGAAUCCUCGGCUUGGAGGAGCAGGAAUAUGUGGCUUCAGCAUUGCAUUCAGAAACUCCGGAUCGUUAUGAGCGUCUCACCUCCGUCUCCAGCUCGGUGGAUUUUGAACAGCGAGACAAUGGUUUCUGCUCUUGGCUGACAGCCAUAUUCAGAAUAAAGGAUGAGGAGAUCCGUGAGAAGUGUGGAGAAGAUGCUGUGCACUAUCUCUCCUUCCAGCGGCACAUCAUCGGGCUGCUGGUGGUGGUGGGAGUGCUGUCGGUGGGUAUCGUCCUGCCAGUGAACUUCUCUGGAAACCUGCUGGAAAACAACGCAUACAGCUUUGGCCGCACCACAAUAGCAAACCUGAAAUCAGGGAAUAACCUGUUGUGGCUGCACACAUCGUUUGCCUUCAUGUACCUCCUUCUAACUGUCUACAGCAUGAGACGCCACACCUCAAAGAUGCACUACAAAGAGGAUGACCUGGUGAAACGCACUUUAUUUAUAAAUGGCAUCUCUAAAUAUGCAGAGGAGACCCAGAUAAAACAGCACUUUGAGCAGGCCUAUGAGAACUGUGUGGUGCUGGAGGCCCGGAUCUGCUACAAUGUGGCCAAACUCAUGGCCCUCAACACCGAAAGGAAGAAAACGGAGCGCAGUAAGAAGUUUUUCACCGAUCUGAUGGCGAAGGAACACAUGCCCACUAUGAUCAACCCCAAACCUUGUGGUCACCUGUGCUGUUGUGUCAUCAAAGGCUGUGAGGAGGAGGAAGCAGUGAGCUACUACACGAAGCUGGAGGCCAAACUGAAGGAGGAGUACAGGAAGGAGAAGGAGAAGGUCAACACCAAGCCCCUGGGCAUGGCUUUCGUCACCUUCCAAAAUGAGGCCAUGACAGCCAUAAUUCUGAAGGACUUUAAUGCGUGUCAGUGUCAGGGCUGUAAGUGUCGUCAGGAGCCUCGCUCCUCUCAAUUCAGUGAGAGCCUCCAUGUCUACAACUGGAGCGUCACCUACGCCCCGGACCCCCAAAACGUGCGCUGGGAGCACUUGUCUCUGGGAGGCAUUAUCUGGUGGAUCCGUUGUUUCAUCAUCAACUGCAUCCUCUUCCUUUUGCUCUUCUUCCUCACUACCCCUGCUAUCAUCAUUUCUACCAUGGACAAGUUUAACGUUACCAAGCCAGUGGAGUAUCUCAACAACCCCAUCAUCACCCAAUUCUUCCCCACUCUCCUGCUGUGGGCCUUCUCCGCUCUGUUGCCAACCAUUGUCUAUUACUCUGCCUUCUUUGAAGCCCACUGGACCAGGUCAGGCGAAAACAGGACUACCAUGCACAAAUGCUAUACAUUUCUCAUCUUCAUGGUUCUUCUACUACCAUCACUGGGCUUUAGCAGUCUGGAUUAUUUCUUCCGCUGGCUGUUCGACACCCAGUUCCUGGCGGUAGGCACUGUCCGAUUUGAGUGUGUAUUUCUCCCUGAUAACGGAGCCUUUUUUGUGAAUUACGUAAUAGCAUCUGCAUUCAUUGGUAACGCCAUGGAUCUGCUGCGAAUUCCUGGCCUUCUUAUGUACAUGAUCCGCCUGUGCCUCGCUCGCUCUGCCGCCGAGAGACGCAACGUCAAACGGCACCAGGCCUAUGAGUUUCAGUUCGGUGCUGCCUACGCCUGGAUGAUGUGCGUCUUCACCGUCGUUAUGACAUACAGCAUCACCUGCCCAAUCAUCGUGCCCUUCGGUCUGAUGUACAUGCUUCUGAAGCAUUUGGUGGACAGGUAUAAUAUGUACUAUGCCUACCUGCCCUCCAAACUGGACAAGAAAAUCCACUCCGGAGCAGUCAAUCAAGUGGUAGCUGCACCCAUCCUCUGCCUUUUCUGGUUACUGUUUUUCUCCACUGUACGCACAGGCUUCGUGACUGCGACAUCCCUGUUCACAUUCGUGGUGCUCAUCAUCACCAUCGUGGUUUGCCUGUCGCACGUCUGCUUCGGCCACUUCAAGUACCUCAGCGCUCACAACUACAAGAUCGACACCAAGGACACAGAAGUGGAUGGCAUGGAGAACGGACGGCCAGCGCGCUCCUCCCCCUCCAACAAGUCACAGCAGCAGAUGUACAUCGCCCAGGUCUUGCAGGGCCCGAACUGUGACGAAGCGGGCGGGGGCAGUGGAGAGGACGACGGCCAGGGGUCCUCGCAGGACGAGGAGAUGAUCAAUGCUGGAAACAGCCUCAACGAGGCUGACUUCCAGUCUGGGGAGGACAGCCUCAUCGCCAAUGAAGUCCACCAGUAAAAACAGCUCUGAUGGUGAGGGGAGAGCCGGAGAGAGGAGAGAUUAGAAGAGGAAAAGAGGGCCGUGUUGAACUUCUCCGACCCAUCACUGAGCUGUCACCUUCUGGAGCUUUCUGCACAUUCGUGUGAACCGCGUCAUCUCUCUCAUGAGCCCAAUGAGCAGACUGUGUUGGUUUAUGAGGAGCGUUGCCAAAAACUUCACACCAACAUGUUCAAGCACAACCUGCACAUAGAUCUACAUUCACACACAGCUCAUCCUUACAGACAUACAUUUUGGACAUGUUCAUACACAUACAAGUAGAUAGUAGACAGGUUUACAUUGACACACAGACACUUGCACUUUCACGGUUGACUUUGUGCUACAGACUGGUUCUGUGCAGAAAGAGAACAACGGAGAACAGUAAUGGUGACCGCUUUAGAGUCUGUGCAAGUGUUUGUGUGAUUGUCAUUGGGUGUAUUUAUGAAGUUUUCUUUUUCUAUUUAUUGUUUUCAAACUCUUGCUGUGGAAUGGGAGGCCUGCUACUGCAGCUUCUGAAACUUGUGUUGGGGAUUCACAACAACUAGCCUCAAAUAUUUUAGAGUAGAUCUACAGUUCUCCAUAACAUGGCCAAGCAUAGAUGAAAGAUUUCACAUGUAUGACCCAUUGGAGACUGGAAUGUCCAGCUCUUGGUAGUCCACUACUCUCUGCCAGAGACUCCAAAGCCCAGAAGCCUCUGGAAGCGAAUAGUGUGGACAGAAUCCUGGGCUUUCCUGAGGAACCUGGAGCAUCAGAUGGGCUACUGAAGAAUCUCCUAGCUCCAGGAGACUUUUCUCAGUGUGAAAACACUCGAGGCAUUUCAUCCCACCUGCUGAUCCUUCACUUGUGUUAGCUGCUGCGGAACUGACUUUGUUUGCUUGCUCUAUCUGUCUUUCUUUGCCUAAGUGAACAGAUUUAAGAUUUAGUACUAUAUCUGGUAUUCCAAAGCACAUGUGCAAUAGAGAAGAGCUUCACAGUGCCAGCCUCUACAUAAGACGAUGUCUGGCCACCCAAGACUUUACACAAUUACUUUCACCCUUCUUGUACAGAAGAUGCGCAGUUCUGCAGUCUUGCAGAUCACAGGCCUGACUGACCUUCGCAGUCCCAGACACGCCCCUGCAGACGUGCAAGGUGACUCUUAUUGACGUAACGUGGUUGGUGUCCAUCAGAUGGAGCAAAACCUGUGGAGGUUUCAAAGUUCUGGACCACACCAGAAGAUUCCACUGGCAUUGUGAUGACCUAUGUUGAUACCCCACCUUGGUUUGUUGGUUUUUAUUUCUAUUUCACCUUAACUACCUUAAUGGACGUCUGUUUUUCUAUGUUUGAAAUGGAACGCUAAUGUUCUUGUACUUGUAGCAGACUAGAAACACCAAGCUAGUUGGGUUUAGUUGUACAGUUGAGGAGCCACAGUUCAGGAGUGGAAAAUAUACUGCUAAUUGUCUCCUGAGAUGCAUUUCUGUUCAUCUAGUUUAAAAGCUCACAUGGAGAACCAGAAGUCUAAAUGUAUAACAAGGGAGUAGAUAUGUCCAUGUGUUAUAUCAGUCAGUCAUGAAAUGUUAACCAAAUACAAAAUCCCAACUUCCCUCAUUAAAUUAAUCACAGUAGCAGAAAAUCACAAUGGAUCAAACACUGGAAAGUGGGUCAUUUGGACCUGCCAUUCAAAACCACUAGUUCAGAGCCUUCUUCAAACUUCCGAGUUCUUCAGAUUUGGUUUAAAAUUGGAUUAACAUGUCCAUGCUGUGUGAUAGCCGGUGCCGCUUGUUUUGUAUGAGAUGUUUUGAGGAACCGGAUGAGUGGUAGGUAGCGAGCUGAAAGACUUGGAUGUUGGGCUUCUGAAAAGCCUCUAAUCACUCUGAUGACAUGAGAUAUGCAUUAUGAUGGAGCAAAGCUCAACAGGAUGAUUCCAUUUCUAAAAGAUUUUGAUAGUAGUCGUCCUACAAUAGUCCUGUCAACGUACAUGUAGCCUCUAAGGAGAUCCACUAGGGGGAGUCAUCACUCCACAGCACCAGUGAAUUAGCAUUACUUCAGGUCACUUUGUGCCAGCUACAAUACCAG